CUCCCCUUUCCCACCGCUAAAUAUCUCUCCACGUCGCCUCUUUUCCCAAGUCCACAUCUUCUUCAACACCCAAUUAUUCAAAUCAAAUCACCACCGAACCCCGCAAAUAAAACCCUUCUAAGGUAUCUUUCAGAAACUCAACAAUCAACAAUGGCGAAUAAAGAGAUGGAAGUCAUGAAGGACGUCGACCUUGAGAGGUACAUGGGUCGGUGGUACGAAAUAGCCUCAUUUCCAUCGAGGUUCCAGCCCAAAAAUGGAGUUAAUACCAGAGCGACCUACACCCUGAGAGACGAACGGACGGUGAAUGUCCUAAAUGAAACAUGGGUUGAUGGCAGGAGAAGUUUCAUUGAGGGUACUGCUGUUAAAGCUAACCCUGAUAGCAAUGAAGCCAAGCUCAAAGUUAAAUUCUAUGUUCCUCCAUUCUUGCCCAUCAUUCCUAUUGUUGGAGAUUACUGGAUUUUGUAUCUUGAUCAUGAUUAUCACCAUGCUUUAAUUGGCCAGCCUAGCAGAAACUAUCUCUGGGUAUGA